GAGACGACAGGCAAUUUGAAAUAUGACAGGCAUACCAUCAGGCUCACAUAAACUCUUCAUCGGACGAGCAACCUGGUGAGGGGCAAUUUAGUGGUCUGAAGAGGACCGUUUACCGUUCACUCCUAGAAAUCUUAAGCAGAAAAUCAAUUUUACACUUAGAUGGAUCCUCAACUUCAUGCCAUGAAUGGGGCCAAAACCAGCAGCAGUUUUACCGUCAAAGAUAUCUUGGAUCUACCCAAGGGUAAAUCGUCCUGUAGCCCCGUGGACAGUACUACUAACACCGUCAAUGCAGCGUCCCUGAGUAGCAUCCCCUCAGUACCGGAAGUGCCGGACAUCACCAGUGUAGGUGGCUACUAUGAUGCAGACAAUCCGUACACGCGGUGGUUACAUAAUAAUGAAAACAUGAAUUAUUCACAGCUAGGACACCUGAACUCGCCCGGCAAUUCUAGUCACUCCAGCGAGGUUUCUAACACGGAGAGCCAUUCUACUAUGAAUAAUUCGAACACAUUGGUGAAAUCGGAAACAAACAACGACGUCCAGUGUGAUGGUAACAGUGAAAAUGGAGAUGGAAACUCCUCCCAAAAUCCAGACAGUCAGAAAAAACGAAAACGGCGAGUUCUGUUUUCCAAAGCUCAGACCUAUGAAUUGGAACGGAGAUUUCGACAACAAAGAUAUCUUUCAGCUCCAGAGAGGGAGCACCUGGCAAGCAUUAUCCGACUUACCCCCGUGCAAGUAAAAAUCUGGUUCCAAAACCAUAGGUAUAAACUAAAGCGCGCCAGACAAGAGAAAGGACUUGAUUUGAACCCCCUUCCUUCUCCCAGGAGGGUAGCCGUCCCCGUAUUAGUGAGGGACGGGAAACCCUGCCAGCCGCCUAUGGGUGGUUCAAUGAUGAAAUCGCAAGAACAGCUAGAUAUGCAAAAUAAUUUAGGAUCUUCUGUGAAUAUGAAUGGUGCUCUGUCUCAAAUGAACGGUAUGUCUUCUAUACCUGGCAUGAACAAUGCCGGUAUGCCCCCUAUGAACUCGUUGAACUCUUCUUCCAUGUCAAAUAUGAAUAAUAUGAACAUGAACAUGAGCUGCUCUUACAAUUCUAUGAAUUCCAUGAACUUGAACAUGAACAAUAUGAAUGUCCUGCCAAGCCACUACAGUUAUCCCUUAAUGCAGCAUCAAACUCGCUGGUGGUAGCGAAAACAUGUUCAACCGAUUACAAAAAUCAGUGCUUUACAAAAUGGCAUGUGCGAUUUAAACGCGACCACUAAAUCUUUAAACUUUUCAGAUAAAUUCAUGUUUUAGAGGAUUUAGAUCUCUAGAGAAUUUCAAAUCUGCAGAUGGCAGUUUUAAGGUAAAAAUUGAAUACUUUCAAUUUUGGAAUGUGAAUCCUUGAAAAGGAAACAAGUGCUUUAGUUAUGUGGAAAAUGGAUUUUUUUAUAUCAACUCUCUAUUAUAUAUUUUUGUUAAUUUUAUAUAGUGCUUUUUAUCAUUAUAUUAUAUUUCGUUCUACGCAAUGAUCUUAAUUUGGAAUCGCUGUCUUUUUGGACAGAAAUAAAUGUUUAUGAGAAAAAUCUCAUUAAGAUCUUUUAUUAUUCUAAUUAUAGUCUGCACUACAUAUCCCCACCAGGUGACGUUUUGCAAUAUUUUCAGAAACAGGUCCCAUUUUUCAUUUCAAUCCUUAUUCCGUCCUUAUUUGGAUAUCUAAAUUAGGUUGUUGCAACAGUGUGAGAGAAGCUAACUUAUGAAAAGCAUAAUAUUUAAAUCCCUCCUCUUUUAUUUUUCAAAUAAUUCUCGAUAGCUUUUUUUUCCUAUAUAUCAGAGGACAAUGAUUAUUUAAGAUAUAUAAUUUUUAGAUAUAAAAUCAUGGCAAAAUUCUCACAUUCAUGUUAUUUUAUUUGAAUUUGGCUGGCUUAAACUCUAGAAAACAAAAUUUACAUGUUUUUGAUUUUAAAGUCAUCAUUUUGUAUGCUGUUGUUAGAUAUAUGAAAAUAUAUUCUGAUAAAAUUUGCAUAAUCAUUUCCCUAAAUUGUUUUAAGUUUUAAACUUUCUCCUAUUCGGAAUGCCUUUAUAAAAUACAAUUUGUUCCUAUUUUAAUGUACAACACUGCAAAUUUGAAAGAAAAUUUUCAUCUUCAUCCUUAGCUUUUAAUUAAUUUGCUGAACAAUUUCUUUUUAGUCAUCUUGCAAUAGUUAAUUCAAUUUAUGAAAAAAUGAGGGAUUUCAAAUAUAUAGAUAGUGGUUUCUUGCAGAUCACCAGUGACAAGUAUUUAACUCCGGUGAACCCCUGUAAUAUAGAAAGCUCCAAGGACACGUAUUAUCAAUCUGUUUUAUCCUACAUAGAUUACAUUUUAUCAACUAAUCGAGAUAAUUUGUGUUUAAGAGGUAUGGGAAUUGACAUGUAUAUUUGAAAUAAAUAUCUCUCUCUCUCUCUCUCUCUCUCUCUCUCUCUCUCUCUCUCUCUCUCUCUCUCUCUCAGGUUAAUUAAUUUCCACAAGAUGAAGUUAUUAUGACGCAGCGCCUAGCAUUGGAUCUUGUUAUGUGUAAAUGAGAGACUUAGAAACCCAUCGCUUUCCUUGAGGUCCAUCUAUUUAGAUAAAGAGUAAGACUUCCGGCGUGACGAGUGAUUCUUUGAUGGUCCCCCAAUCGAUUUAACAUUACUACUCCGACACUAAAUGCCCCCAUACAUGACAACAUUAGCCACUGAAAUCAGUUACAGUAUCGCUCAAUGAUUCAAUCACUCGCCAAUAAAACUAUUUUUCUCUCUCUCCCCUUUUGUAAACCUCGCAUUUUAACACUUAAGCCUAGGGUAUCAUAUUUUCCCCAUUAUAUUAAUUAUUUAUAAUUUAUUAGAUUUUUUCAGAGUGGUUGUAGAUGUAAUUAAAAUGAACACGCAUUGAUGUUAAGAUUUUCGUUUACGCAUUUAUAAAUAUUUAUUUAAAUCUUAUUUUCAGUUAAAACUAUAAAGGGAAGAUUUCAGAUAUGAAUGCAUGUAGUCAAUGUUUCAUACUCUUUUGAAAGGUUUCAUGUUCAUUUAAAUAGUAUUAUUUAAUCAUCAACAUUCCUAUUUUAUUUCUAAACAGAUUCCUUGUAAUUUAUUGUGUCAAGAUAUUUCGAGAUAAAUGAUACAUUAAUUAACUGCAGAAAAAAUUAAAUAAUAAUUUGAU